UUGUUUAUUUUUUCCUCUCUCCGUACUCUUUUUAAUAACCAGUUUGGUGGAUAUAUCGAGUUAAGGUUACAAAGAAAUCAAUACAAGCCGCUGCAGCAUUAUCAGAUCGAUAUCAUAUUGUACUUGAAUUGUUGUUGGUCUUGUUCUAAUUUAUUCUAUUAUACUCCAUUAAGAUAUGAGUAAAUAUUAUUGUGAUAAAACAGGUUGAUUUGAAAUUAAAUUAUUUGCUACUUAUUAAUUAGCGGAGUGCGUGUAUAGUAUUAAUGUACAUAAAUUUUAAACCGUUUCUAAGAAAUUCAAAACAACAACAAUUUGUUAUAAGCUUAGUGCCGAUUUGUUGCUUGCAAUUAAAAUAAAAUUUUCAAGUAUGAAAUGCAUAAACUGUAAUUGAAUUGAAUUAUACAAUUCACAGGUCAGCGAGUUUAUAGCAAAAAGGGCAAAGUAUGUAUUCGUAUGUAAGCAAAUUGUGUGUGUUUGUGAAUUUAUAAGCCUUCUAAAGGGUAAUUUUGCAUUCCAAAGAAAAAUAAAAAUAACAAUGUGUUGCUGCAAUGCAUUGUCUGUCUUACUAUUAGAAGUAUUUCUCUAAAAAAAUAAAAGAGCGCAGUAGAUAAAAGAGAAGAAGAGCCUAAAUGUGGUUAUGCGAUUUGAAAAAGAAAAUGCUUGGCUUAUUGUUAUUCGUUCUUUACGCCGCAGCACCACAAGGCGACAUAGACCUUGACCUCGAACCAAACAGAUAGUGUAAUCAAGCAACGUGUUGAACACUGUAUCUACCAAGCAACCGAAUCGGAGCUAGCUUUAAGUGUAUGAUGGCAAUCGACCAAUCUUAUUACACUGUAAACCUUCAGUGAUUACAAGAUAGCGCACCAAUUCUGCUUUCCAGCAGCGGCUGCUAGAGCAAAGUCAGCGUUAUCGCGAUGGACUCAUUCGAAAACUUGAUCUUAGUGGGGAGUAUAAAGGAACAAUGGAGUCAAUCACAUGAGGGUUUCGCAUCUUCUUGCUUCGAGGAGGACGAGGUCGAUUUUAAAAGAACUGAAAAAGAGCAAUGCACAGCAGCACACAUUGCCAUUAAUGUUGAUGGCGAUAAACAAAACCACACAGAAAAAACACAGCGACAGAGCCAGAACGUUGAGAAUGGAAAACAACACAGCAUGAAUCCUAAUUCGACUAGUGAGCUGACAGUAGCAACCAGCGCUACAAGCAAUAAGUCCAAACUGCUACUCGUUGGGCUGACAGUGAGCACCACAUCUGUCAUUGUGGCGAUCUUGUGGUAUUUUUGCAGUUGGAAAUAUGGGCUGCCAGCACUGAUUGCCGCCAUUUUUGCAACAACUUUGGUGGCUGUGGGUUGGCGCUGGUUCUAUAUAGCUCUCGUCACGACCCAGCGAGAUGUGACUGCUCUCUGGGCCUACAUACGCCUUCUUGUGCUCAUAAAGCGUUAUGAGCGCAAUAAUGUCUCUGUGGGUGAUAUAUUCCAAAUGAAUGUGGAAAAGUAUCCGGACAAGUUGGUGAUAGUGAGCGAAACACAGUCUUGGACUUUCCGUCAACUCGAUCAAUUCGCCAACCGCAUAGCGGACCUCUUUCACAGUCAUGGCUUUAAGAAGGGUGAUGUGAUUGGUCUUUUGUUAGAAAACCGUGCUGAGUUUGUUGGCAUGUGGUUGGGUCUGUCAAAACUUGGCAUUACAAUAGCGCUUGUCAACACCAAUCUAACGGGUGCUUCACUGGUACACUGCAUUGUUGUAGCUAAAUGUUCGGCUUUCAUUUAUGGCGAAGAUUUUGAGGAGACGAUCGAAGGUGUCGCAACUCAAAUACCACCGAAAUUGUAUCAGUUCAAUAAUGCUAUAAACAAACCAGUGCGUAAUUCUGCGGCUGACUUGGCAACUCUAAUGAACUCUACCAAUCACGUGACUACACAACCAAGUGCCAUUCAGCAUCCCAAUCAUCAUGACAGAUUAAUGUAUAUUUACACCUCCGGCACCACAGGCUUGCCGAAGGCUGCAGUCAUUUCGCAUUCACGGUACAUAUUUAUCUCGGCUGCCAUACACUACACAUUGGGUUUCAAAAGCAAGGAUAUCUUCUAUACACCCUUACCGCUGUACCACACGGCGGGUGGAAUUAUGAGCAUAGGACAAGCGAUUGUCUUUGGCGCAACAGUCGCUAUUCGCAAAAAAUUCUCAGCUUCAGGCUACUUUGCCGACUGCGUGCGCUUCAAUUGCACGAUUGCCCAAUACAUAGGGGAAAUGGCGCGUUACAUCUUAGCCACACCCGAAUCCGACUACGAUCGUGCGCAUCAAAUUCGUUUGGUAUUCGGCAAUGGACUGCGCCCGCAAAUCUGGACACGCUUCGUGGAGCGUUUUAAUAUACCGCGUGUAGGCGAGUUCUAUGGCGCCACCGAGGGUAAUGCGAAUAUUGUUAAUAACGACAACACAGUCGGGGCUAUUGGCUUCGUAUCUCGCAUUAUUCCACAAAUUUACCCAAUUUCUAUAAUAAAGGCCAAUCCUGAUACGGGUGAACCCAUACGCGAUGCGAAAGGUUUGUGUCAACGCUGUGCACCAAACGAAGCUGGCGUGUUUAUUGGACAAAUUAUCAAAGGCAAUCCUACACGUGAGUUUCUUGGUUAUGCCGACGAAAGCGCGUCAACAAAGAAAAUAGUACACGAUGUCUUUAAGAAGGGUGAUAUGGCAUUUCUGUCGGGCGAUCUUUUAACAUCCGACGAACGUGGCUAUCUUUACUUUAUGGACCGCACAGGUGACACUUUCCGAUGGAAAGGUGAGAAUGUGUCCACCGGCGAGGUGGAGUCGCAAGUGAGCAACAUUGCCAGCUAUAAGGACAGUAUUGUCUAUGGUGUGUUAAUACCACAUACGGAAGGGCGCGCCGGUAUGGCGGCCAUAUAUGAUCCACAACGUGAGGUGGACCUGGAGCGAUUCGCUUGCGAUAUAGCAAAGGUGCUGCCAGCUUAUGCUCGACCACAGUUCAUACGAUUUCUGACAGAAAUCGAUUUGACUGGCACUUUUAAGCUCAGAAAAGUCGAUUUGCAAAAAGAUGGCUACAAUCCCAAUAACAUACAGGAUGAAAUUUACUAUCAAACGGCGUCAGGAAAAUACGAGUUGUUAACUGUUGAGGUUUAUGAGAAAAUAAAUAAUGGUGAAAUUAGAUUUUAAG